AUGAGACAAAACCAAAUAGUCCAGUUACCCCGGGGACCGAGAAAACCUUUCAUUGUCAUUGAAGGAGUUAAAGGAUCAGGAAAAUCAUCACUGGCACUGAAGUUUGCUCAAAGUUUCAACGGAACCUACCUGAGGGCACCACCAGAGUAUUUCGCUCCGUUCAAAGGAUGGGUGCAGACGAGGAACAAACUAGAAAGGAACGCUUUCCACGCCCUCUCCAACUAUCUGAUGGCCGAAGAAGCUAAGAGACUCAUGCAGACGAGGAUGGUCGUCAUGGACCUCUAUUGGCAUGGGCUGGUGGCCUACGAGCUAAGUCGUCUCUCCGGAGCCACUGGUAUUCUCCCUGUCACAUCUUCCCCUGUGUACAAGUUCCCAGAGGAUCUCCUGGUACCAGACAUCUCCUUCUACCUGCUGGUCCUUGAGGACAAGAGGUAUUAUCGGGAGAAGGAGACUGGCAAACCGGCUGUCAGUAAGAAGAUAAGAGAAAUCAUGUUCCGAGCAUACAGCAAGUUUUUCAAGCCCAGGAUGGUUCCAAUAUUUGCAGACCGAGAACAGGAAGAAGUAGGGGACGAAAUGAAGAACAUGACUUGCAGAAUAUUACAGGUUAUGACUCUGCUGGGACUGGUGCGGUUUGCAUGUCUGCUAGUAUUGGUAGCCUCCCAGGAUCUGGAUGAUGGUUCAACCAAUGAAACCUUCCAGUCACAACCAGAACCGUCCUACGACCAGGCGCACUAUUCCGAGGGCCCUGGAGGAUAUUCACCUCCAGAGGGACAAAAAGGUGUAGGUAAGGUGAUCAACCAAGUACUUUAA